CCGCGACGUCUUACACAUCAGUCACUCACUGGUUGUUUUUUGUUUGAGGCAGAGCUGAAGUCAACAGCAGGCAGGAUGUUGCGGCUUCGCUGUAAAACCAAAAAUGGGAGCCACAUCAUGCAGGGCUUGACUCAUCAGUCCUGUGUGCAAGAGCUGAAGAGUAAGGUGGAGGAGCUGACAGGUAUCCCGUGUGAUGUGCAGAAAAUAAUGGUUGGUUAUCCACCAUCCAGCCUUGAUCUUCGUAAUGGAGAUGCUCACCUUAAGGACUACCCCAUCAAAUCAGGAGACACGCUCAUUGUUGAGGAAGAAAAGAACAAACCAAAGCCUCAGGAUCAUCCCACUGUGACUAAAACACCACGUCUGGAAGCCUCACCUGUACUGGCACGUCGAGUAGUCCCAGCUGACAACUCCUGCCUCUUCACCAGUGUGAAUUAUGUGGUGGAAGGGGGUGUCUAUGAACCUUCAUGUGCCCCUGAAAUGCGAGGCCUCAUCGCUCAGAUUGUGUCCAGUGACCCCACAGCCUACUCCGAGGCGGUGCUGGGAAAGUCAAACGAAGAGUACUGCACGUGGAUACGACGUGACGACACCUGGGGAGGAGCCAUCGAGGUGUCAAUCCUCUCAAAGUUUUACCAGUGUGAAAUCUGCGUGGUGGACACUCAGACAGUGCGGGUUGAUCGUUUUGGGGAGGACGCAGGCUACCACAAACGCGUGCUUCUCAUCUACGAUGGCAUCCACUAUGACCCUCUGCAGAAAGAAACGCCUGGCUCUGACGUCCCGCCCCAGACUAUCUUCUCCUCUACGGACGACGUGAUCCUGGCGCAGGCACUGGAGCUGGCAGAUGAGGCUCGUCGCAAACGACAAUUCACGGACGUUAACCGCUUUGCGCUACGCUGCAUGGUGUGCCAGACCGGCCUGGUCGGACAGAAGGAAGCGCGUGAGCACGCCAAGGAGACGGGCCACACCAAUUUUGGUGAAGUGUGAAUGUUGUUCUGUCUUUUAUCCACUCACAAAUACAAACACCACCAACCCCGUGCCCCACAUGUGGCUACUCUGUUGGUCUUUCUGUCAAUCUGCUUGUGUGAUCCUCUACCUCACAUUGUCCAGCGACAUCUACAGAGCAUCUGCAGACACUGUGUUCAGCCUCUAGCCGGUUCAGUAUUACGUACAGUAUAUACUGCUUUCAGUUCUCAAAGUCAGAAACAGUACUGCAGAGCUCGGAUGUUAUAAAACCAUCACUUCAGUCUGUCAGGAAUGGUUUAAAAUACGUUAAACAGGGUCAAGUAAAAUAACGCAAAUAAUUCCUAGGGGUUUGUUUUAAUAAGUUUUGAAUCCUCGAUGUCUGGCUCAAAGCGAUAAUGAACCACAUAGUGACUGUAGGGCUGUAUCCUGUUUGGACUUCAUCAGUCGAGUCGAACUAGACUGAUCUUACAUGGAAGCUAUUUGUCCCAGUUAAUUGCUGUACCAGAUAGGGUUGUCACAAACUAGAAUUUAAAGUUUAAUACAAUACUAGUAAAAAUCUAACAAAUUCGAUACCUGUUUUGAUCCCACAGCAACAAAAAUAGAAGUCUUUGGCACCUAAAAAACAAAUUCUAUUUCUUGUUUAAAUUAUAACAUUGCAAGCAAACUCAUGCACAAAUACCUUUGCAAAAUAUAAUUUAAACACCCAGCUGAUUAACUUCUGGGCAACUAAAUCUACACCAGUAAAUCAUGAAUUAUCAGCUAGUCAUAUACUCAAGAUCUGUAGUUCUUUAAAAGCUCCAGUACUUUCCGGGAGUUUACGUUGUUAAUCACUAGGUAUCAAAAAGUUUUGAGGCAUUGAUUAUUUCGAAAACCUUGAUAUCAGACUAUGGAUAUAACAAACUGCAGUCGGACACAGAAUCAUGUCCCUGUAGUUUUUAACCUGAUACAACAUGAACAUGAAGCUGCUUUAUUCAGUUUUCUUCAUGGUUGUUUAUCUCCCUGUCUGAGAUCUCUGUGGGAAAUCCAGCUACAGAUUCAAGUUUUGACCCAAGGUUGUUGAGUAAAAAGGCUUCCAGAGUGUUGCUUCAGAAUCACUCUGUGUAAAUUGACGCAGCAAAAAAUAGUGCAGAUAUUUGACUGACAAAAUAAGACUGAUUAUUGUGACCGACAGGUCCAAAUGUUCACUUAGCAUUUAGGGCUUUGGUUCAGCCCGUAAUGCUUGAUGUGUUGUCCAUUAGAGAAAUCACAAAGUUGUUACUGCUUACCUUUCACUGCCUAAACUUCAGUUUGAUAAGCACUCACUAUCUUGUGGUAGGAAGAAUUUAAAACAAACACUAAGAAUUAUGUGCACUGCAAGGUGAUCCUAUUCACUGUUGUCUUAAAUGCAGCACACAGAGUUUGACUGUUAUUCAUCAUGUCGGUUAUGUAGCAUGUUUUUUUUUUUAAUGUCCAUUACUUGACCGGUGUAUCACAGAGACUCUUCCAGUACUAAAAGUUUAUUUAACUCUAGAUGUCUGAAGAGUUUGGCACAGUUGUGCUGUGUGAACACAAAGCUGGAUUCAUCUUUAAAUGUGCUUUAUGUGACAUCUCUGUGAACUUGCUAAGGAGUCGCAGCUGAGAUUGAGGUUAAGCAUUUUAAAAUAUCAUGUUACAAAUUUCUUAAUUACUUAUGUUGGACUUUUUCCUUCUAUUACUUUUUUUUUUUGAUGUUGCUUCGUGGUUUAUUAAUAAGCUGAUUUUAAAUAAGAUAAAACUAAUGGUGCUGAAACAUUUUACAAAAUGAGUAGCUCUUUUUGUUCUGUAUGAAACAAAAAGUUCAGGAGUGUCAUUUUUAAUUCUAGUGUUUACUUUUUUAAUUUCAUCUUGCUGUCAGAACAAACACUUUUAACUUUGUUUUGCUGAAUAUUUGAAAAAACAGUAAAGCGUGCUGAGAGGUGUGUUUGAACACAAGUUAUAGUAGAGAUGAUGUAACUAGAGAAUUCUGCUUACUUCACGUACCGUAAAACUUCUUAUAAAAGCCCAAAACAACUUAACGCCCAGUCCCUUUACUGGCCUGGUGCUGCUGCAAGUUUUAACAAAUAAAGGCACAUCUCAAAGAGAGGCCGCUCAGUAUUUAGUGUUGAUUAGUAUGAGGAUCAAAAAUACAUUAAGAGUGUCUCCCCCUCCCCCACACUGCAGCAGGUUGGUACAGAUGGGCUGGCUAAUAAAGAGCAAAUCAGUGAUUUGAAAGUUUGUAAACAUUUAGAUAUUCUUUCUGGUGGGAAUUUACAAAUGUAUAGUCUUUCCCAUCUUCGCUGUGCACGAGUUUUGUUUGAAAAUCAUGAAAGGCCCGUCUCAUAUUGACGCCUGUCCUAAAUGAAAAUGUCCUAAAAGUUAAAAAAACUGAUGUAAAUAAAAGCCCGGGCUAUUAAAUUAAAGCUUUACGGUAUUUACUUUUCAGGUACACUCCAUCGAUUUUGUGUUUUGCUGAUCAGUAUUAUUAACCAUUAACUCUUCAUAUUUUCCUUCAGCACAAACGUAAAAUCUAUCAGGGUGAUUCAUCAAUAUCAAGGCAGAAAGUCCAUUUUGGUUGAAUUUACAGCAUGUUGUCUUUUUAACACUGUACUGUAUGUGUCGCACAAUUGGAGCAUGUUCUCACAUUUUCAGGCUAAUUUACUUUGAUGAUUCUUUUAAAAGUCACUGCUUAUUAUGAGAUUAAAGGCAUGCACUUGAAGCAUGUUUUUUUUCUCUCCUUGAAGCCCAGUUUAUUGAGGCCUCUUGUCAUGUGUACCAGUAUUUCCAAUUUAACAUAUCUGCGUCAGCCAUAUUGGUACUGAGUUUAUGCCAAAAUAACUGAGAGUACAGGGUGUGAUUGGUCUUUUGGUUUUGUAGAUUCAGACUCAGAGAUGGUGUUGGGACUUUGUUUGAGUGUGAAUGGCUCUAAUAACUUUUUUUUAUACUUCAGCUAGUUUCUUUCUUAUUUUAACAGUGAUUAUUAUGGAUUUACAGCUUGCAUACAAGUGAAACUAUGAAAUGGCUUUUGUUGUAUUUUUGUGUCUACCAAGUUCUCAUGGCUCUUCAAGGACAAUAACAAUGAAUGUUGCACACAAAGCACUACAGGAUAACUGGAUUUACUUGAGUUUUUCAGUGUUGUGUCACAAAUAAAGAUUAUAGACAAAGGUAUUCUGUAUGA